CAAACCAUUUGACAUUUUAAUCAAAAACAAAAAAUUCUGCCGAUUCAUAAUCACAAAUUAUUUUCAUUUGCAUAUAGUAUUGUACACUGCGAAAAUGAGUUUUGGACUUCCUUCAUUAAAAGCAAAACCAACUCAAGCUCCAGAUUAUGGAUUCCAUGAGGGUGAUUUUGGGGUUCCUGACCUCAUGACUUCUGGACUAGCCUCAGCUAAAAGUACCGUAGAAAACGUCCAUGCUUUACAACCCUCUGAGCAAAACUACCGCCAAAACAUUCACGGCAUGAAUAUGAGCAUUUUGCGUAACAACCAAGGACUGCACGCACCCCUCAGAAUUGCGAUGGAGUUAAAAUCUGCUAAAAAAGUUGGUCAUUUGCCUUUUCUAAAGUCCCACAAUGUGAUGCACGAUUCCCUAACUGGUCGUGAUUUAGAAAUUGGACCAGAAGAUUUAUUCAACACGGGAGAAUUUUUGGAAGUAUCAAGACAACCUCAUUCGGUUGUGGAAAGAUCUUUGGGAAUUCUAUAAUUAAGUUUUUCUUUUGUAUUUGUAAUAACUUUUUAUAUUAAUAAACAAGUAUUUAUUGUUAUACACUUAUCUUUCAGAGGUAGUAUACAUACACCUAUGUACCUAUCUUAAUACUUAACACCCAAUAAAGAAAAUAUAAAAAGC